GUCAGACCAGUCAAACGUGUGACUAUUUGCAUGAACAGAACUUCAUCUGAAAACACUAAACGAACAGCAGAGACGAAACUGUCCGGUCUCAGAAGAAACAACACAAAUCUGUUUUGGUGCCUAUUUCCUUUCACAGCAUGAAUGAGUCAACUUCAAAGAGGAUCGUCCUUUUGGGGAAAACUGGAUCAGGAAAAAGCAGCUUGGCUAAUACCAUCCUGGGAGAGGAAGUCUUCAAGAUAAACCACCUUCCCAACACUGAAUCAACAAAGACUUUUGUCCAAACCAAACGUGUCCAUGGAAGAAGCCUGACUCUUGUUGACACAUGCAGUGUUUUUGACACAAGCAUGUCCGAUACGACGCUAAGAGAAGAUUUGGUGAGGUGUAUCACAGAGUGCGCUCCUGGGCCUCAUGCUUUUCUCAUUGUGCUGAAAGUGGAAAAGUUCACAGAGCAGGAAGAAGCGGUCUUCAAAGAGAUAUGCCGACAUUUUUCUGAGGACGCUCUGAAAUUUACUGCUGUUGUGUUCACUCAUGGAGAUCAGCUCCUAGAGGAUAUGACUAUUCAGAAGUUUGUUUCGACGAAUACAGAGCUGAGAGCUCUUGUGGAGAAAUGCGGAGGCAGAUGCCAUGUAGUUGAUAAUAAAUAUUGGAAAGAAGGCAGAGAGUGUUACAGGAGUAAUCAGUUCCAAGUAGAAGAGCUGUUAAAAACCACUGACAGGAUAACUGAGGCAAACCAUGGGAGGUGGUACACUAAUGAGAUGCUCAAAAAGGCAGAAAGACAGAUGAAAGAGGAGGAACACAAGCUGAGGCAGUCAUCAACUAAUAUGUCACCAGAGGAAAUAACAAUUACAGCUAAAAAUAAUGCAUAUGGUAAACUACUGAACAAGUUUGUUGGUGCUGCAACAGGCUUAAUAUUAGGUGCCCUUCUUGGUGCAGCUUCUGAAGUGGAAAUAUCAAAUUUAAAAACCAAACCUAAAGAAGAAUACAUGUCUGCUGCUUGGACUGGAGGCCAGCAGGGGGCUUGUGUGGGGUGGGAGGCAAGUGAAGAAGCAAAAAGUCCAACUGAGGCUUUUCACAAAGCCAAAGAUGCAGUCUGCAAAAACUCUCAACUUUCAUUUUUGAAGUUUUAAGACAUGGGAAGUCAGAAUUACAUUAGAACACACACGAAAAACAGAAAAACUGAAAAUGUUGUGUAAGUUACUUCCAAACUAUAACACGUAACAGAUUAAUAUAUAAUUUCUGAGUAAUUCUUUAUCUCAGAAGUCCCUAAUCCCUAAUACCGAUCCUCAUUACAGUUGAAACCAAGUGGGAGAGAAAAUUAAAGACAAAUAACAUUUUCUGUUUCUUAUAUAAUCUGACAAAAGAUUUACUUAGAAAAAAAAAAAACUACUGAAGUGAAAAAUGUCUUUGAUGACAGGUGAUUGGGUACAGCAAUAACUACUAAUUAUAUGUUUGUUUGUUUUUGUCAUGUUGAAACAUGGGAAACAGAUGGGUUUAGAGCAAAAAAUAAUAAUUAUGAGCAAUUUAUUAAAAAAAAGAGAUAGAGCAGACUAAGAACUUGUGUCUUAGAAAGAUGAAAACAAAGAAAACAACUGUCUUUCUAAUAAAAGUAGGUCGAAAUCACCAUAGUUUAUAAUAAUUAAUAAUUAUACAAAUGUUAUAAGCUUUACACUACUUGAAACAAAAACUAUCAUCUUAUUAACAAUUCUUUUGUAUUGCAUAACUCCAGAUUGCACUGAAAUGAUUUAUUAUCUGUGUGUAGUAAAUACAUAAACUGAAUAUUGAGAUCUUUAGUAAUUUGUAUGUAUGUUGUGUUUUUGGGUUUUCGUUUUUGAGGCAUUGAAAAUUAUUUUUUGUCUUGUUUUUAUCAAUGAGAACCUUGUCAGAGUUUCAAAUGACAAAAUGUAUAAAGCAUUUAAGAAGUUUGAGUCACUUUUUUCUCCAAGUGUUGUAGUGUUUUCUAAGCCUUUUGUAAGCCUCUUAAGUUGAGGAUUUUAAACUGAUCCUGAAACUGAGACAGUGUAAACAUUUGAUUUCUUCUUCCUUCUCCUAGUCAACAUCUGAGUUGUUUAAUUUUGAGUUAGGGGUAUCUUUUUUCUGGUCUUUGUAAAAAUAGAAAAAACAAGACAUUACAAUUCUGAAUGUAACGUACACGAAUUGGCAUCCAUGCACUGGAGGAAAAAGGGUCUGACUCAAGAGAUAUUUUAAGAUUAAAACAUUCCACUGUCAAUGUGCACAU